UCCAUUCCAGACCAUUGUUCUGCGUCAUAAUGAUUAUGUUUAGAAUCGAACGCAGUGACCGUCGAACAUUUUCUCAGCACAUUAGUUGCACAGCAAUCAUUUUUGCCUCUGUAGUAAAACAUAUGUUCUUUUGAUUAUGAACUUUGUAGAUUAUAUAAAGGAACAAUGAAUCAAGAAGACAAAAAAGACAAGGCCAAUGGGGAAAGCCUCUCUCAUGUUCUUGCUGACAAAGCAGAAUACCUCAUGUCAGAAAUGGCAUCUUCCAAGGCUGUGAGCAAACCUAAGAGGAAGACCAACAUGAGUCGCCUGAGAGAGGCUGUGAGGGACUGGGAGAAGAGGGCCAGAGAGGCCACAGCCACAGAGAGGGAGAUGGCCAAAGAGGUGGAGAUGAUGAAGGUGGACAGGCAGAUCGUCGAGGAGACGAUAGACAGGCUUCAGCAGAAGCUCCAGAUGGAAGGACAGGCUCGUCUACAGGCGGAACAAGCCCUGGCGCUGGCUCGGACCAACCUGCAGGACCAGGAGAUAAGAUUCCAGCUGGACCGCGACAGACUAUUAGGUCUGUUGUCGGGCAAAGACGAAGCCUUGAUUAGUCUUCAGGCCCAGACCUCCCUGGCUGUGGCUGUCAAGUCUGAAGCAGAAACAGCAGUCGGCGUCGCCAUGGAAAACCUCCAGGACACUCGCAGGAUCACGCAAGAGCUGAAGGAUCGUUUGACCUCUCACCUCAGAGCCUGGGAGAAGGAGAAGCAGGAGCUGAUAUCCCAGAAGAACCAGGCAGUGGAAGCUCUGAAGAUUUCUGAGCAGGGUCUCACUCGGACAACGGCAAAGCUGCUGGAGGUGGGAAACGUGGUCCCCAGUCCAGCUCAGCUGGGGGUCAAGUUCCAGACGGAGCUCUCUGCCCUUAAAGCCGAACUCCGUGCAGCCCAGUCAGCCCGAACCAGGGCUGAGAUGAAAUGCCACAUGACCAGAGCAAAUCUUGUGAACCUGGAGAAAAACCUUCGUGCUGAGAUUGCCGAAAGGGACGACGACAUCCUCAUCCUCUCCAACGAAAAAAAGGAGGCCCUCCAGGUCACAAAAAGCGCUGAGCAGGAACUGGACGCAUUCAGAUUGAACCUGAUUAAGAUGGCGGGCUCCAUGACCAAGCUGCAGAUUGACCUGAGGGAGAAGGACAUGCAUUGCAGUGUUUUGGAGAAGGCCCUGGAAGAGGUUCAGGAAGACGUGUGCAAAAUCCAAAAGGAGUUGAUCUGUAAGUGUGCGGAGAUAGAGUCUCUGCAAAAACAGGCUUGCCAAAGCUCAGCGGAACUGGAAGCUCUGCUCAUAGAGAAAGCAGAAGAGCUUCAAGAGUGCCAAGGACACAUGGAACUUCUUCGACAGCAACUUCUCAAGCGUCAAGCUGAAACCACAUGUCAGGCACAAGAGACCCAAACCGAGAAAUCUUCUAUCAAGAGAAAGAAGAAGGGUGGCUGCUUUGGUCGCAUGCUUUUCUGGAGAAGCUCCAAGAAUGCAUAAGGGGACACCAACACCACCGCCAACUGCCCUCGCCACCUCCCUCCCCACAGCUUUCCUCAACUCACAUCCACCAUUAUCUCCACCUCCCUCCACCCCAAACCACUGGGAUCCUUACUGCGCACACACAUCCAUCCUCCUUACCACCAUCCAUCCACCAAUUUUUACACAAACCCCCAAACACACAUCCUCCAUCACCCUAAAACCCUCCUCUUGAUAUGUGGCAUCACGCAUGUCAGCAUGCUGGCGCGAUGGCUAAAUAAA